AUGGCUUCGGCUAAAUCUGCAGCUGCCAACUUAGGUCACCCGGCGCAACGGAACUAUGGGUCAAUAUUUUUGGCACUUUCAAACGUAACAAUAUUAUAUUGCUACAUCAUGAGAGCAAAGUGCCAAGCUGUUGCUUCGUUUCUCUGGUACGCAGGAGCGUAUAAUUUGAAAGUUGUAACGGUAGAUUGCGGUUUUGCAGAUUAA